GAAAUGUGUUUGGGUCUCCAGUGGUCAUGGACAAACCAGUGUGCUUGAUUGACACGGCGUCCGAUGGGAAGCUGUGUGUGCAGGGGUCAGCGUUGCAGGUUCUGGAGCAGAUCCAGCAGCCCGUGGUGGUGGUGGCUGUGGUGGGUCUCUAUCGCACCGGGAAGUCCUACCUGAUGAAUCGACUGGCCGGGAAGCAAACAGGGUUUGCACUGGGCAGCACAAUCGAGUCCAAGACGAAGGGCAUCUGGAUGUGGUGCGUGCCUCACCCCACUAAAGCAGCAACCACUCUGGUGCUGCUGGACACCGAGGGACUCGGAGACGUGGACAAGGGCGACUCAAAGCAUGACACCAGGAUCUUCUCUCUGGCUGUCCUUCUGAGCAGCACUCUAGUCCUGAACAGUCGAGGAACUAUUGACAACAGGGCUAUAGAGGAACUGCAAUACGUCACUGAGCUAACAGAGUACAUCAAGAUCAAGUCACCUGAUGAAGCUGUAGAUGAUGCAGAGUUUGUCAAGUUCUUCCCCAGUUUCAUCUGGGCCGUGAGGGACUUCACGCUGCAGCUAAACAUCGAUGGGAAAGACACAACAGAGGACGAAUACCUAGAGUUUGCUCUGAAGCUAAAACUAGGUAACUCGAGUCAAGUGAACAAUUACAACCUUCCAAGAGAGUGCAUUCGCAAAUACUUCCCAUCUCGGAAAUGUUUCACCUUCCCGUUCCCAACCAAUCCAGACAAUGUCUCUUAUCUGGAGACACUGGACCCAGCUGAGAUUUCAAAACGAUUCUUGGAGGUCACGGGUCGUUUCUGCCAGUUUAUCUUUGACCAGAGCCAAGUGAAAAAUCUGAAAGAUGGACACACGGUCACCGGCAGAGUUCUGGGUCAUCUAGUAAAAACAUACGUAGACACCAUCGCCAGUGGAGCUGUGCCGUGUCUGGAGAACGCUGUGAUCUCAAUGGCACUGAUUGAGAAUGAGGCUGCGGUGAAGGAGGGGCUUGAGGUGUACCAGAGUGGAAUGGAGGAGCUGAAGAAGUCCUUCCCUCUGGAACUGAACGAAAUCACCUCGGAACACCAAUGCUUCAGUCUCAUGGCAACACAGACCUUCAUGAAACGCUCCUUCAGGGACAGUGAUGGGAAGCACUUGGCAUCUUUAGAGGAAGCCAUCAUUCAUCAGUUUGACAGCUAUCUCUGGGACAAUGAGAAGGCCUCCGAGGCUAAAUGUGAAAGUCUUCUGUCAGUUCUCUCUGAACCAAUGACGGAGAGGACCAAUCAAGGAUUUUAUGCCACAGCUGGUGGGUACGAUCUCUUCUGCCAGGACCUGGAGGACAUUGUGAAUCAGUACAAUACACUGGCCUAUCAAGAAGUCAAGGUUGCCGAGGUGUUGGAGAAAUUUCUACAGCAGAAGGUUGCAGUCACCACAGCCAUUCUGCAGGCUGAUGAUAAACUAACCGAAAAUGAAAGAAGGAUUUGCGAGGAGAGAGAGCGGGCAGUCCUUCUGGAACAGGAGAUGAAGGCCCAGGAACAGAGGCAGCGUCAGCUGGAGGAGAAGAUGGUGAUUGAAGAACAGAAUAACGAGGAGAGGGUGAGACAGGUCAUACAGAAGAUGGAAGAGGAGAUGUUCGUCCAGCAGCAGGAGACAAAGCGCGCCAUGGACAGUAAGCUGAGGGAACAGGCUGCCCUGAUGGGGAAGGGCUUUCAGGAGAACGCUAACAAAAUGGCCAGCGAGAUAGAGCAGUUGAGGAGGAGGAAUAAAGAGGUAGAGGACAGCAAGUCCAGAGAGCUCGCAAAGAUGAUAGCGGAUCAGGAGCGAAGAAAUGCACAGAGCAUGGAAGUGCUGAGGCAACAGCACAGACAGCAGAUGGCAGCGAUUAACAGCAGACCGAGACCUGCGUCUCGAUCCUGUUCUGUACAGUGAAACGUGUUGAUGUUCGUAGUGCACUGCUUUCACACAAUUCUGAAUUCAUAACUACUAUAAUCUCACUGAAAACAAUUCCAUUGUGUUUUUACAGAAAAUACUCACAUGUAACCCCCCUUUGCAAUCGUUUUCACAGUUAAUUACACAUUUUUUUUCUCUGUAACUGUAACUGAUUAGUUACAUUUAUUUUGUAACUAAAUCACGUAACGCUGUUACAUGUAACUAGUUACUCCCAAACACUGGCAAUGACUGUCUAAAUGAUUCCUAGGGCACCUAGUGAACAUCACAUAAUGAUUAAUAGCUCAUUAAUUAACAUAAAAUGCUUACAAAUGUUAAUAAACUUUCAAUUCAUACAGUAUAUGAUCAGGCACUUUAUAACAAUAUACAAAUGAUUUUAACAGAUGUUAUACACUGAUUAACAGUUCAUUUAUUAGUGUGCAUUUGAAUGCUUGCAAAUGUAAUUCAACUGGUUGCUUAAACUGAUUAAAAUAAGUUAUAUAUCUUCUAAUGCACUUCUUACAUCUGCAAAUACUCUUUUAGACACUAUUCAUGUUGACAUAUGAUUGAUUAACUCAUAACCACAGUCUGUGAAUUAACAGUCUGUAAAGUUGACACAGUGGUGUGCAUGCACAUUUCUACUUCUUACACAUAUUUGCAAAUAGUUUAUUAAUUAUUUGUUCAACUUCUUGCUGUACCACGUUGAAACUGUUCAUCAUUUGUAAAUGUUGAUGAACAUUUACUAUUAAUAAUUUAUCAAGUAUUCUUUAUAGUGCUCAAUUUUUAUGCUUUUUAGCUCUAUUCUUUUUUGAUUACUGUAAAGUAACUCUUCAAACGUUACAUUAUUUUGAUAAAUGAACAAAUAUUUUCUUUCUCUCUUGGAAUUUUUUCUUUAUGUUGAUUUAUGAUGAAAGGAAUAUCCUCUGUUUAAGGAUAUCGUCUACUAUGAGUAUUGAGGCAAUAAAACAUGUUUUGCACCAAAAUGACUUUUAUGUGGGCUUAGUUGUUGUUGUUGUUUUUAUGUCUUUAGCAAGAAUAUACUGUAAAUACUCUUAAUACUCUUUGAUCAACAUUACUCCAAUUUUGUUACAGUAGCUAAAAGUUAAUCUCUCAUAAAGGUCCUUAAGCUAACACUUAUUUUAAGGCUCCAUAAUCAUGUUAAACAUUAACACAGCGUUUCCUGCAGUUUCCUGUUUAGCGUCCAAACUCUGGAAUAACCUACCUAACAUUGUUCGG